GGUAUGCUACGCUCCUCCCACUCGGGCCGCUUGGCUCCUCCCACUUCGAAUCUUGCAAAAGGGGGGGGGGAGAUCCGAAGACAGUUGCAAAGUGCUUUAGAGGAAAGUAUAACUGGAGCAUUUUUUAUUUAUAUAUAAUUUUAAAUUAUUGGUUGUAGAUUCUCAUUUAGGGGAGAAAGCUGGAACGAAGAAUUCUGGAAAGCAUCGGAAUCUGCUUUCGGUUUCUCUUUAUUUUUAUUAUAAUAUAAUAAAGGAGUGGGGUGAAGAGGUUACCCCAAAACUCGGAUUCCCUCACUGCAAGCGGACAAGACAGUAUCUCCCCUCCCUAUUUACAGAGCAUCACGGACAUCCUUUUUCCAGCCUCUUUAGGAUUUGGCUGGAAGAAAAAGCAGCGAUCACCCUCUGCUGCUGCGGCAACUGCGAGUUCUUUAGAAAAGGGAUCGACUGGCCUUUUUGGAUUUGCUGACUUUUCCCCCCCUUUUCUUUUGCGCCUUAGUUCUCUUUAGAUUCGCCGAGAGUCGGUGACUUUUAAUCAUAGGGGAAAUAAUUUCGGUCUAAGAUAUCUGGGGUUGGAAAUACACCCCUCCCGUUCCCUGGAGAAAUCUCGUUGGAUCUUUGGAAAUCAUCUGAUUCCCCAGCCCAAUAUCUUCCCAGUCCUCGCAAAUAUUUUUUUGUUUCAUCCAUCUUUUUGGGAGAUCCUUCUUAAAGCUGGUUGGCUGCUAAAUUUGGAGCUGAGCAAAACAAGGACGGGGGCAUCUCCAGCCCCUCUGGAGGCUUAUUUCCAGGCUGGUGGAAGAAGAGGGAGAGACGCCUUCCUUAAAACACAUACACACGCGCGCGCAUCCACAAUCUACACCCCGAGCUGCUUUCCAGUCGAGCACCUAAAUCUAAUCGGUGGAUCUCGCUCGGUCUCAGAUUCGGGGAUCGCUGCUGUUGUUUUCCACAGAGACUUUCCAGUUAUUUGUUUAUUUAUUGGCAUUCGCUGCCCUCUGCUCGACACCAUAGAAGAAGGGGAGGGGUACAAUUCUCAGUGGUGGGCACUUCCUGGAUCUUGCUGCUGCUCUCGCUAUGGCCCGUCCAGCGACCCAAAGCAGCCCCGCUCCGAGCCCCAUGCUCUCGUCUCCUCCUUUGGGACUAGCCUGCCCGAGUUCCGCAAUGGUCAGUCUCAAGAGCCUCCUUCAGGGACCGGUCAAGAGUCCCGAACGCCGAGGGGCCAAGGACUUGGGCUCAUGUGUUAUCAAAGACAAGGAACGUAAGAUGGAGGAUGACCUGAGUAUUUCGCGACCUGGGCACUGCGCCUACCUGGGCUCCCUCCUGUGGGAGCGCACGCUGCCCUACAAUGAGAUUGAAUAUGUUGACUUAGAUGAAUUUUUGCUGGAAAACGGUUUGCCCCCAAGCCCAGCCCAUCAACCCUUUUCACCGGGCAGCCAACCCACUGCCUCACCUUCCAGUGGGGUUGUGGUGGACCUUAGCCGCCCGGCUUCUUGUGCGUCAUCGUCUUCCAUCUGCUCCUCAUCUGGCGAAGGCCUAGUGGGUAGCGAUUAUGAUCACCACUGCAGUAAGACAGGUCCUGUAACACCUGUGUCCCGAAGCACGCCCAGCCCUGUGGACCCUGAGGGUGUGGAGGUACUCAUGAACUUUGACCCUGAUCCUGCUGACUUGGCACUGUCCAGCAUUCCAGGACAUGAGACCUUUGACCCCCGCAAGCAUCGGUUUUCCGAGGAAGAACUCAAACCCCAACCCAUCAUGAAAAAGGCACGGAAAAUACAAGUCCCAGAUGAUCAGAAGGAUGAGAAAUACUGGAACAGGCGGUACAAGAACAACGAGGCAGCAAAACGCUCGCGGGAUGCCCGCCGCUUGAAGGAGAAUCAAAUCACUGUUCGAGCAGCCUUCCUGGAGAAGGAGAAUGCCGUCCUGCGUCAGGAAGUGGCCAACAUCCGCCAGGAACUGACCCGCUAUCGCAGCAUCCUCUCUAAGUAUGAAUCUCAGCACGGCACCUUGUAAAACCUGCAGCAGCAGUGGAUGUUGCACUCUUCUCCACCGUUCCACCACUGCAAGGUGGUGGGGCCACCCUGGUUUUUCAACCCUGACCCCCGUCUUCCUGAACCAGGCAAACAAAUUAUCAAACAACAGAUGUUUGGAACGAGGGGAAGGUCCCAAGGCGGACGAUUCCCACAUGCGGGGACUAUCGUGGUCCAGGUGCUCGACAGAAGGGAUAGAGACUUCCUGGGUUGGCCUGUGCUGACCCUUGCCAAGAAAAGGGCAGUGACUUGGAGAUGUUGAACUGGGCAUCAUAGGCACAUGGAAUACACCACAAACACACAAGGGCUCUGUAGCACGUUGGAAGAUGUAAUUGCGUAUGCACACACACACACAUGUGCAUAUGUACGUGCACACACACACUCUAUACACAUACAUACUAGAGUUUGGUUUGUUGGCAGACUUUUUCUAUCGGAAGGGCACCAUUCAGUCACAGCCUAUCACAGCUGUUCAUCUCUGCUUGUCCCUGUGGCAUUUGGCUCAGUGACACAGUUGGCCCAGGAGGCAUCAAGCGAAUCAGGGUGCCUGGGCUCUCUCUUGACUCUUCUAACAGCAUGGGUGCAUCUUUUUCAGCGGACAUUUUUUUUUUGCACACAUUUUAAUGACUCCUUAUUUUUCCCAUCAACUCUGUCAGGGUUGGCGGGAAAGGACAUGAAAGGCAAACCAGCUGCGAAAGUGGACAUGGAACCCAGAUGUUCUGGGCUCCCACCUUGCAACAGGUGUUAAACCACUACGCCCUCCUCUCUCCAUGCCUCUUCACAAGAGAACUUAAGAGGAGUCCUAGCACCCUGAAAAAGAGGAGACAGGAGGGUUUUCUUCCUUUUGAUACCAGUGAACGUCAUAACUUUUCUUCUGCCUACGGAACGCCAAAUUAGUAAAAAAAAACAAAAACGGGUUGUGUACACAUAUUUUUCCCCCACAAUUGACAAAAGGGGCUUUGUAUCAGAGGGCAGGUGUAUGGGAUACUAGUUUAAUGAUUACGAUUAUCUUAUAACAAUUAUACCUAUUUUUAGUUUAAAGGCAAGUAAUGUUUUUUUUCUCUCCCCCCCACUUCCUCAUGUUUUGUGUCCAACACUGUCUGAUAUCAUCAUAUGUACAGAAACUAAAAAACAGAAAACCUCAGUGGUGACCCUCCGUAAAUAUGAACAUAUAUAUAAAUGUAUAUAUAAUUUUCUUUCUUUUCUUUUUGUAAAACAAAAAGUAUAUAUAGAGACUCCAGGAGAGACUUGAGAGAUUAAACUAUGUUCUUCUAUU